AUGGCGAGGUUUAUCCCUGUGUCGUCUUGUCAGUUACGUUUCGGCUUCCGUGAGCUUUCUCCUUCGUCGUCGACUCUUUCUCCGAGACGGUUUGAGGUAUCUCACCGGAGAUUCCCGAUCAAAUGCUCGUCGUCUGAGCCGGAAGAUGGUGUGGAGACUGCGCCGUCGCUUUCUUCCUCUUCAUCGUCGUCAACAAGUGAAGUAUCUAUUAACAGUUCGACGUACAAGUGGUUCACUGUACUCGGCGGUAUCGGAAUGUUAGACACCGCGUAUUUAACCUACCUAAAACUCACUGGAUCCGAUGCUUUUUGCCCCGUUGGUGGUGGUACUUGUGGCGAUGUCUUGAACAGUGAUUAUGCCCUUGUUUUUGGUGUUCCUCUGCCAGUGAUUGGGUUUGCUACGUAUGGCUUAGUAACAGCUUUAAGUGCACAGCUUGGGGAAGGGGAUUUACCCUUUGGAGUCAGUAAGACCAAUGGGCGUUUUGCGUUAUUUGCGGCCACAACUACAAUGGCAUCUGCUAGUGCCUACUUCCUGUAUAUCCUUAGCACAAAACUCUCAGGAUCAUCGUGCCUGUAUUGUCUAGUGUCUGCUUUCCUAUCGUUUUCUCUAUUUAUCCUCACUUUAAAGGAUGUGAAGUUGCAAGAGAUACAGCAAGUUGUAGGAUUGCAGAUAUGCUUGGCACUCAUAGUAGUUGCCUCCUUGACUGCUUCAUAUAGUACUGCUCAACCAGUCCUUUCAAGAUCAGGUGACAUUGAGCUGCCAUAUUAUUCAACAGAGAUCACUACAUCAUCGAGCCCUUAUGCUAUUGCUUUAGCAAAACAUCUAAACUCAAUUGGAGCUAAAAUGUAUGGAGCAUUCUGGUGUUCUCACUGCUUAGAGCAAAAAGAGAUGUUUGGAAGAGAAGCGGCAAAACUACUGAAUUACGUGGAGUGUUUUCCCGAAGGCUAUAAGAAAGGAACUAAGAUAUUCAAGGCAUGUUCAGAUGUUGGGAUCGAAGGAUUCCCGACAUGGAUGAUAAAUGGUCAGGUCUUAAGCGGAGAAGUAGAACUCGCUGAACUAGCGGAGAUGUCUGGAUUCAGCCUUGAUCAGGCAACUGAGGCCAAACAACUUCAGUAA